ACUCGAAUGGAACGAACGAACGAAUGAAUAUACUGUCUGACAGUGACGGCAAGUUAAUUUUACUCAUGAAAUGAAAGAGAUUUGUCUUGUCAAAGGAAACAUUAAUUUCGUCUGCUUGAUCGUUGGAUGCUAAAGUGAAGAACAGUCGCUGUCAUUGUUGUCGUCGUCAUCGCUAUUGUUGUUGUUGUUGAUGAUGACGACGACGGAGAUGUAUUAAAAAUCCGGAUUAUUAUUUUUUUUUUCCUGGAAUUGAACUUCAUCUCAUGAAGGAGUGAGCGAAUGAAUGAAUGUUGAAGCAGUUGAAGCAAGUGCAUGCCUACACCCUCAAGAACACUGAUAACAUUACCAGUGAUGAUGGCAUUGGAAUAGCAGCAGCAGCAGUAAUAGACCACACCAAGUCCCUCAUCUGCCAUCUCCUUCAGCUCCACCAUCAUCAUCUCAAACUCGACCAGCAUGGCAUCGGCAGCGGCUGCAUCCCUUACGCUGAGAAGCUCCUCAACCACACCCCUCACCUCCACCGCUCCGUCUUCCUCCACAACAAGCUCAUCCAGGCCUACUCCUCCCUCCGCCACCCCUUCCAUUGCCUCCGCCUCUUCUCCCUCAUGUCCCUCCGCGGCUGCUCUCCCAACCACCUCUCCUUCACCUUCCUCUUCUCCGCCUCCGCCUCCCUCCCCAUCCCCUCCCCCACCCCCUUCUCCCUCCACGCCCGCUUCCUCAAGUCCGGCUUCGCCUCCGAGGUCUUCGCCCUCUCCGCCCUCCUCGACAUGUAUGCCAAGCUCGGCCUGCUCUCCUCCGCCCGCCAGGUGUUCGACGAAAUGCCCGCCACCCACAGGGACGUCCCCACCUGGAAUUCUAUGAUCGCGGGGUACGCCAGAUGCGGGGACAUGGAGGGAGCUGCGCAGCUGUUCGCCACCAUGCCCUCCCGGAAUGUGAUCUCUUGGACUGCCAUGAUAUCCGGAUACUCCCAGAACGGGCAGUACUCCGAUGCCCUCGCCACGUUCCUGAAGAUGGACGAGGAAGGCCUGAGGCCGAAUGAGGUCACCCUAGCCAGCGUCCUUCCGGCAUGUGCCAAUCUCGGGGCGCUAGAAGUCGGGGAGAGGAUUGAGGCGUAUGCCCGGCGGAAUGGAUAUUUCGACGACAACAUAUUUGUGAGCAACGCAGUACUGGAGAUGUAUGGGAGGUGCGGGAAGAUUGAUGCCGCGAGGAGGGUCUUUGAUGAGAUCGGGGCCAGCGGGAGGAGGAACUCGUGCUCCUGGAAUUCCCUGAUCAUGGGCUUGGCUGUCCACGGGAGAUGCGACGAGGUCCUCAGGCUCUACAAUCAGAUGCAAAGUGAAGGUAUCAGACCAGAGGAUGUCACGUUUGUCGGACUUCUCCUUGCGUGCACACAUGGGGGUCUGGUUGAGAUGGGCCGGGAGAUCUUUGAAUCCAUGGGGAGGCACCAUGGACUGACCCCUAAGCUAGAGCACUAUGGGUGCAUGGUUGAUCUCCUGGGCCGUGCUGGGAGGUUAAGAGAAGCUUACAAUCUCGUGCAAAGCAUGCCCAUGAAACCCGAUUCUGUCAUAUGGGGUGCUCUUCUGGGAGCCUGCAGCUUCCAUGGGAAUGUUGAGAUUGCCGAGAAAGCCGCGGAGUCCCUCGUCGAGCUAGAGCCAUCUAACCCGGGCAACUAUGUCAUCCUUUCCAAUAUCUAUGCCUCAGCAGGCAAAUGGGAUGGAGUUGCAAGACUAAGGAAGACGAUGAAAGGUGGCCGUAUCACAAAGGCAGCUGGAUACAGUUGCAUCGAAUAUGGGGGGAGAGUUCACAGGUUCAUUGUGGGAGAUAGAUCACAUCUCAGGUCCGAUGAGAUAUACUCGAUGCUGGACACGCUUUUGGCUGCCAUGAAACCUAAGGCAGAUGCUGUACGUGAACUUCAAAUUGAUUCUUGACACUGUUCUUGUGCCGGGGAAGCAUUACUUACUCCAUUCUUUCAAAAAUAUUAAUGCCAUUGCUUAAAUUUUGUAGCA